GACAUAUAACUCUACUAUAGUUGUGCUUUUUAUCGCCGAUGCCGACUGUUUCAAUUGUUCCGUACCGUUCGUGCGAGUGAGUCGCGUUUUGUGUUCACUCCACUCCACUGCUGGAUUCAAGAAAAUUAGAAGGAAAAAAAACUCUAGUGGUGGACUCAACAAGUGUGCAAGCUCUGUGUGUGAUCUGGUGUUGGCUGAAACUCUGAUUCUGGUUGAAAGUACGGGCGAUCUCAAGAUAUUUAGAGCGAAGAAGAACACCUCAAACCUGAGCCAAAUGAACAGCAAAGCUAGUGCAGUCGCAAGUGAUAUACUCUGAUUUGGCAAUCGAUUAGUGUGUGAUAAGGUGUGUGCGAUCGUUGAUCGGGACUUAAGAAGUUCGAAGGGAAGAAUCCAAGAUUUGUGUGCGAUCGUUGUUGAUCGGUGGUAGUCCAGGGAGAAAAUGUUCCUCGAUACGUACCUGUUGGGCGUAGUGCGGCAGGAGUUUUUCGAUGCGUCCAAGGCGCGAAGUACUCUGCUGGUGUUCUGCUGUACGCUGGCCUGCGUAGUGUUUCUGCAGUGGCUCUUUCGGUUGAUGUGCCAGAUCAAGAAGCUUCCUCCGGGACCGUGGGGGGUGCCCAUUUUUGGGUAUCUGACUUUUAUCGGACACGAGAAGCACACCCAGUAUAUGAAGCUGGCCCGGAAGUACGGGUCGCUGUUUAGCGCUAAGCUCGGUGCCCAGCUAACGGUGGUGAUCAGCGACUACAAGAUCAUCCGGGAGGCGUUCAAAACGGAGGACUUUACCGGGCGGCCGCAUUCUCCGCUGCUCAAAACGCUCGGCGGUUUCGGAAUCAUCAACAGUGAAGGUCAGCUGUGGAAAGAUCAACGGCGGUUUCUGCACGAGAAGCUCCGUCACUUCGGCAUGACGGUGCUCGGCAACAAGAAACACCUGAUGGAGAGCAGAAUCAUGACAGAGGUCGCAGAACUGCUGGCAUCGCUGAACGAGGUCACCGACCAGCCGACCGACCUGAGCAAGUACCUCUCCGUCUCGGUGAGCAACGUGAUCUGCAACAUUAUCAUGUCGGUGCGGUUCUCGCUGGAGGAUCCCAAGUUCAAGCGCUUCAACUGGCUGAUCGAGGAAGGCAUGCGGCUGUUCGGCGAAAUCCACACCAUCGACUACAUCCCGCAGAUCCAGUACCUGCCGGGCAACAUCAACGCCAAGAACAAGAUCGCCAAGAACCGACAGGAAAUGUUCGACUUCUACCGGGAGGUGAUCGACGAGCACAAGCGAUCGUUCGACGCCGGCAACAUCCGGGACAUCGUCGAUGCCUACUUGGAUGAAAUCCAGAAAGCAAAAGCCGAAGGCCGCGACCAGGAACUCUUCGACGGAAAAGAUCACGAGAUCCAGAUGAUGCAGGUGAUUGCGGAUCUCUUCUCCGCCGGGAUGGAAACCAUCAAGACGACGCUGCUGUGGCUGAACGUGUUCAUGCUGCGUCACCCGGAUGCCAUGAAACGGGUACAGGACGAGCUCGAUCAGGUUGUGGGCCGCAAUCGGUUGCCGAAAAUCGAAGAUGUACCGUACCUGCCCAUAACGGAGACCACCAUACUGGAGGUGAUGCGUAUCUCCAGCAUCGUCCCGCUAGCCACCACGCAUUCCCCUAAAAGUGAUGUCGUUAUCAACGGUUACACAAUCCCUGCUGGUUCGUACGUAGUGCCACUGAUCAACAGCGUUCAUAUGGACCCAACGCUGUGGGACAAGCCUGAGGAGUUCAACCCGAGCCGUUUCCUGGACGCCGAAGGCAAAGUUCACAAGCCAGACUACUUCAUUCCGUUCGGAGUAGGCCGUCGCCGUUGCCUGGGUGACGUUCUAGCUAGAAUGGAGCUGUUCCUGUUCUUCGCUUCCAUUAUGCACACAUUCGCCAUUGAACUACCCGAAGGUGAACCGAUGCCAGGUUUGAAGGGCAUUAUCGGAGUCACAAUCAGCCCGCAAGCAUUCCGCGUCAAGUUGGUCCCGCGACCGCUGAACACAGAUCUUGACCGGCUGCGAAAUGUCGGCAGCUGCUGAACUCCUCACCUGGUGAGACCCCAACAGAGCACGGUAUGUUCCUACGUUACAAGCAAAAACACACACACA